CCCUUGCAGGUGUGUUUGCUGGAGUGAAGCUGUCACAGAGGGUGUGUGUGUGUGUGUGUGUGUAAGUGUGUGUGUCUACUCUCUGAGGGAUAUGAGCAGCACAGGAAAUACAUGGGGGGGGAGAGAGUAACACCUGCCUCAAUGACGCCUCCCCCAACCACCAACUCUGCCUCUGAUCUCAAUCUGUGUGUUUGAUCAGAGUUAACUCCCCAAACUGUUGUUCAACUGGGUCCUACGCUACGCCGUAACCAUGGGAACGGACUGUAGGAACAGACAGCCAAUAGAGUUGAUGACUUUGUUCUUCAGGGGGGAAUCACCGUUGACUACAUGACUUGUUGAAGUUGGUCUGAUUUUGACUUUUUGAAUUGAGGGCCGGUACGGUUUGUGAUCACACACAGCGAGUUUGUUUGUGUGUUUCCACGGUUACAUAGUUUGUUGAAGCCCUGUUUUUUCUUCUUCUUCUUCUUCUCUCCAGGCGUGGAAAAAGCGUUGGUUCAUCCUGCGUAGUGGUCGUAUGUCUGGUGACCCUGACGUCCUGGAGUACUAUAAGAACGACCGCUCUAAGAAGCCCAUCCGAAUCAUCGACCUGCAUUGCUGUGAGCAGGUGGACGCUGGGCUGACCUUCAAGAGGAAGGAGUUUCAGGAUAGCUUCGUGUUCGACAUCAAGACGUCAGAGCGUACCUUUUACCUGGUGGCAGAGACCGAGGAGGAGAUGAACAAGUGGGUUCGCUCCAUCUGUCAGCUGUGUGGCUUCAACCAGUCAGAGCAGAACAACCACGACGGGCGGUCCUCUACAGCUCAUAUGGGCCGUUCCCUGGCAGCUGACCUGUCCAGUUCCAGUUCCAGUUCCCCACUGACCAGAGAGCGUAAGUCGUCCGUUCCAGUCCACUCUUCCCAGCCCGUCCUGUUCACCUUCGACGUCCCGGUCCGUCACGGUGGGUCGCACAGUCACCACGGGGGCUCCCUGUCCAACAGCGUACCGCAGGACUAUCUUCUAUUGCAUCAGUGCAUGAGCAGGAAGACUGAGAGCGCACGGAGUGCCAGUUUCUCCCAGGUACAGCACAGUAGCAAUCUGUUUGUGGGCAGUGACUCGGCGGUGCAGAAGUUCUCCCAUGGUUUCUCUCACUGUCUGAACGGGAUGGGCGCCCAGCUGCAUGGCUUCUACAGUCUGCCCAAACCUGGCAAGCACCAACUGGCCUCUGCGGUCGGGCCCAGGUCCUCCACACGGCCAGACUCCCCCCAGGAGGGCUACGUGCUACCCAGGGGGUACAGCUCUGAGGGGCCCUCAGAUCAUAGUCGCCUGGGAGACAUGGAUCAGCAGGAGAAUGAGGAGCUGUACACCUUCAAGACGCCUUGCAACACCCUGGCCACCGGCAACGACCGUAACCACAGUAACGACCGACACAGCAAUGACCAUAACCACAGCAACGAGCGUAGCAACGACCGGCAGACUGACAACUACGACCUCCCGACCCCGCCCGGAUCGUUCUACCAGAUCCCCCGGACGUUCGAUAAGAACCACAACGUGACGCCGUCUGGCUCCGAGUCAUCUAGUGGACCCCCUCCACGGCCCCCCAAGCCCAGCCAGGGGUCAGAGAGCGGGGGCUGUCUGGGGUCACUGCAGAAUGGAGAGGUGACCACGACUGUGUCGGUUAUACCCAGGAGGAACACUCUGCCUGCCGUGGAGAACAGCAGGUUACAUCGAGGGUGUUCAUUUGAGACUAGCAGCCAUCACCGUCCGAUCUAUUUCAACAACCAAGGCCAAUCUGUGGAGUGUGUCAACGAUGGCUUCAGUUCUUACCUGAGAACAAAGGCCCCUCUGACACGUUCGGACAGUGGCGACUCGGAGGACAACUAUGUGCCUAUGAACCCAGGCUCAUCUCCCCUCAACGCCGCCCAGGCGGACAGCCCCAAAAAUAUCUACAUCCCCAUGAGCCCCGGGCCGCACCACUUUGACUUCCCAGGGUUCUCAGCCACACUACCUGCCCGGAAGGGAAGUACCGCCUCGCUGUGUCACCGACCGGGGAGGCUGAGUGACGUCACACCACCACCUAUAAAUCGCAACCUCAAACCCAACAGGAAAUCCAAGCCGACACCUCUGGAUCUGAGGAACAAUGGCAUCAUUGAUGAGCUCCCAUUUAAGAGUCCAAUCACCAUGUCCUGGACACGACCCAUGCCUAUGAACUCAGGUGGCAUGUCCUCCCAGCAUUGCAGACCCAUCUCCACCCAGAGUAUCACCAGCACUGACUCCGCAGACAGCGAGGAGAACUACGUAGCCAUGCAGAACCCAGCGUCUACCUCCCCAGCAGUGAGUGGUACCAGCAGCCCCGCCCCUAGGAAGUGUGGCAACGUGGACUACUUGGCUCUGGACUUCCAGCCGGGCUCCCCCAGUCCACACAGAAAGCCCUCUACGUCCUCGGUGACAUCUGAUGAGAAGGUGGAUUAUGUCCAGGUGGACAAGGAGAAGACGCAGGCCCUCCAGAACACCAUGCAGGAGUGGACAGACGUCCGACAGUCCACCGACCCCGCCCCUAAGACUGUAAAGUCCUGACAGUAACCAUGGGGAAGACACAGCACUCUGACCUUACCUCAUGUCAAGACAAGCAUCUCCUAUAGGAUGUUACACUGUUACUGACAGAAGUCAGUUUGAGGAGUGAAGGAGCAUUCAUGGUUGGCGGAGACACAGAUUACCUCUGUUGGACAGGCUAAAAUGACUUGAGGACUAAAAUGACUUGAGGACUAAAAUGACUUGAGGACUGAAAUGAGUUGAGGACUGAAAUGAGGACUAAAAUGAGUUGAGGACCGAAAUAAGGACCGAAAUGAGGACUGAAAUGAGUUGAGGACUGAAAUGAGGACUAAAAUGAGUUGAGGACUGAAAUGAGGACAAAAAUGAGUUGAGGACUAAAAUGAGUUGAGGACUGAAAUGAGUUGAGGACCGAAAUAAGGACCGAAAUGAGGACUGAAAUGAGUUGAGGACUGAAAUGCGGAUAUAAAUGAGUUGAGGACUGAAAUGAGGACUUGGCUCAAAAAGAGGAGACAAAAAGUCAACGCCUAGCUGUGUUCUGUGGUGAUCAUCAGUGCUGUGCAGCCAGCGCUUGAUGCAGACGGACAGAGACCCAACCUGAACCUGCCAAAGCUUUUCUUCCUAAAGAGACUGUUAAAGCUGGACUGGAGUGAACUUGCCUUCCCGAAUACUAACCUGUACAGUAACCUUUCUUCUAGAUUUUUUCUCUGACUCUGUCAAGCUUUGGGGAACAACUCUUCUAGUUCUUCUCUACGGCCAUUUUCACUGUAACAUAACCUUGAGUGUGUUUUCUUCCUGUUUAGCGGGUCAGCUAAUGUACAUAGCUGCUGUAAAACUAUUUGCUGCCAGUCAAACUGCUUACCACCCAACCAGUCAGUGGAAUUGUAUCAGGAAUGCAUAUUCUAUUACAGAUGCAGCCUCAUUUUGCUUGAUAGGACAUGGGGCGGCGGGGGGGGGCUCGUCAGGCUCGCUCUCCCUCCCAUUCUUUUCUGACUUCAAUCAACCAUUUUAGCUGAGCCUUGCAGAAGUGAAACAAGCGUAGAGGUUAUUUUCACUGCACUGCAGGCAUUAUUUUCAGCUUAGCCGUGCACGUCUGGUGUAGGAGACCAAAUAACAGCCUUACAAUAAAAUAUUCUCUCCAGGAGCCUUAAUGAGAA